AAGCGGAAGCCGGAAGGGAUAACUCUCCCUUCCUCUCUCUCUCUGUGUGACCCCAUCUUCGAUUUUCCCGAUAUAUCGGAGCUACACCUCCGUCACGCAGACGUAUCGGUUCCGACUCCAAAUUUAUCGGGUAUCGGUCCGAUACAUUUCUUUCUCAGGGAUCAAUGGCGUCACAACUAGUCCGGGACUGGACCGGAAUUCAACAGUUCCCAACAGCUACGCAGAACAAAUUGCUUGAAUUGUUGGGGAAAUUAAAGCAAGAGAAUGUGAACACAUUGACGAUCCUGGUAAUGGGAAAAGGCGGUGUUGGCAAAUCAUCGACCGUUAAUUCCAUCUUGGGGGAACGGGUUGCUGCUGUUUGUGCAUUCCAGUCAGAAGGCUUGAGGCCCAUGAUGUGCUCGCGCUCACGAGCGGGGUUUACGCUGAACAUCAUCGACACUCCAGGGCUUGUGGAAGGGGGAUAUAUCAAUGAACAUGCACUUGAGAUCAUAAAGCGGUUCCUUUUGAACAAGACUAUUGAUAUUCUCCUAUAUGUGGACCGGCUAGAUGUGUAUAGGGUGGAUAAUUUGGAUAGGCAGGUCAUUAAAGCUAUCACUGACACUUUUGGUAAAGCAAUAUGGCAGAGAGCUGCAGUCAUCCUCACACAUGCUCAGCUGUCGCCACCAGAUGGGUUAGGUUAUGAUGACUUCUCCAUGAAAAGGUCGGAAGCACUUCUAAAAGUUGUUCGAUUGGGAGCUCGGAUCAAAAAACAAGAAUUCCAGGGUUCCACAAUUCCUGUUGUUUUGGUUGAGAAUAGUGGGAGAUGCAAUACAAAUGAAGGUCGUGAAAAGAUUCUUCCCAAUGGCACUGCAUGGAUUCCAAACCUCGUGAAAACGAUUACAGAUGUCGUCUCUAAUGGGAGCAAAGCGAUCGUGGUCGACAAGAAAUUGAUUGAAGGGCCGAACCCGAAUGACAAAGGGAAGUUCUUGAUACCUCUUAUUCUGGCCUUUCAGUAUUUCUUCGUUGUGAAAAGGAUCCAAAGAGCAAUAAAGGACGACAUUGCGAAUGAGAGUAGGCCUCUUUGGGAGCUUCGUGAUAUGGGCUUGGCCAAACGCAGGUUCUGAUGCCUGGUGAGAUUGAUUGUUCGUGUACCCGGCUUUGCAUCUUGUCUUUCCAUUGGGUUUUGGUUUUCAAAUGUAGGAACAGUUAUGAGCAGCAUAAAUACUUCUGAGGCUGAUGAUUUUUAGUUGUUGUUGUUGUGACUGUUGAGAAUGAGUUUUGUAUCUUCUACACCUGUGCUUUUAAACCAGGAUUGGACUGGUGGUCAGACCAGAUUAUUGUUCAAAAACCCGAUGCUCAACUCAACUCGACUUGACGUUCAAUCGUGUCAAGUUGAUUCAAA